CGCUUGAUGGCGCUUUCAAAUCAGAGCUUCAUUAGAUUAAGCAUCACCUGAUCGGUACAAACAUGGCCAACUCAUCAGAUUUGGUUGUUCUGGACCGCGGUGACAAUGUAUGUGUGACAGUCCAUUUACACGGAGCGACUGUGUUGUCAUGGCAAUGCUGUGGUCAAGAGUGGCUAUUUGUAAGUAAACAAGCUGUUUAUGAUAACAAGAAAGCAAUACGGGGAGGCAUUCCAGUUGUAUUCCCUAAUUUUGGCCCAUGGGACCUAGGACCCCAACAUGGAUUUGCUCGGAUCAGCAGAUGGACCUUAAGUCAAGCACCAA